CCGAGUGAAAAUGGCAGCGAAUAGGGGUCAAAUUUUGCAGUUAGCUCUGAUAGGGGCAAUUUUAAUCGGUAGUGCUCAAAGUGCAAAUAUAUUGGGACUAUUCACAAGUAUAAGUCCUUCCCAUCUGAUCAUUCAGAUGUCGACAGUUAAAGUUCUAGCAGAAAAUGGACAUAAUGUCACCGUUCUAACAACACUAAAACCCAAAGUAACUCAUCCUAAUAUAAAUGUGAUACAAGUUCCUCUUACCCCGGAAGAGGACAAGGAACUAACCGCAAUGUUAGCUGAUAUGACAAAGGCCGACAACAAAAAUUUAGUUCUGAAUUUGUUCCGCAUCUUCGGACAAAGGAAUUUCAUUUUUGAGAAAAUGGUAUCAGUAAUGUUUGACCAGAAAGUCAAGGAUUUAUACGAGAAUCAAGACAAUAAAUUUGAUUUAGUCUUCGUGGGCUUCUUCAUGAACAGCUAUCAAUUGGGAUUGGCACGAAAACUACAGGCUCCUGUCGUGAUUACCGCUCCAAUGCCACCAUCAUUAAUGCUCAACGUACUGAUAGGUAAUCCAAAUGAGAUUACAUAUGUCCCAUCAUUUACUUUGGCUGUGGAGAAGGGCAAGCCGAUGACAUUCAAACAACGACUGAUAAGCUUUGCAUCCCAUCUGGCUUUCAACAUGGCCCUUUAUAUCCAGGAGAGCAGAAAUGGUAAAAUUUACAAGUCACUCUAUGGCGAUGAUCCUGCCAUGCCCAGCUAUGAGGAUUUAAAGAGAAAUGUGUCCCUCAUAUUCAUGGCCUCGCAUGGUAUUAGUGAAGGACCAAUUCGACCAAAUGUUCCUGGUGCUGUUGAAAUUGGUGGCAUUCAGAUCAAGGAUAAGCCCGAUCCUUUGCCUCAAAAUUUGGAAAAGUUCCUAAAUGAAGCAAAACAGGGAGCAAUUCUAUUAAGUUUGGGUUCCAACGUAAAGGGCUCAUUCCUAAAACCCGAGAUUGUCCAGAGGAUGUUCAACGUUCUGUCAAAGCUGAAACAGAAAGUGAUAUGGAAAUGGGAAGAUUUAGAAAACACUCCCGGAAAGUCUGCUAAUAUACUCUAUUCCAAAUGGGUACCGCAAGAUGAUAUUCUGGCUCAUCCUAAUCUAAAGUUAUUUAUUACCCAUGCCGGCAAAGGAGGCAUUACUGAGGCUCAGUAUCAUGGAAAGCCCAUGUUGGCUCUUCCCAUUUUCGGCGAUCAAGCGGGUAAUGCUGGCUCAAUGGUGAAAGCGGGCUUCGGUGUUUCCUUGGACUUAUUAACUUUAGAAGAGGACUCCUUUAACGAAUCCCUGUUAGAGGUGCUUGAAAAUCCUAAAUAUGCACAAGCAGUUGGCACGUUUUCGUCCCUCUAUAGAGAUCGUCCUUUGAGUGCACGGGAAAGUGUUCUCUAUUGGUCGGAAUAUGUGAUACGUCAUCGUGGUGCGCCUCAUUUGCAGAGCCCCGUGGUGCAUAUGGGUUUCAUAGCCGCCAAUAAUUUAGAUGUUUAUUUAUUAGUAGUCAUCAUUUUGCUUAUAUCGUUGCUACUGCUAAAAGUUUCAAUUAAGUUUAUUUAUAAGAAAUUGAUGAAGAAGUCCCAAAAAGUGAAAAAGCAAUGAAGAGAUCUACAAAACUGUUUUAAAGA